AGAUUUUCGAGGGAUUGCAGUAAUUGUAUUUAUUGUGUCCAUGUCAUGUAAACGCACGCCUGACAUCACCGAGUUGCUGCCAGUGCGAGAGUACCGCUGCGAGCACUGCAGCGAUCAGGUAUUCGGGAACCAGAGCCACUAUCAACUGCAUCUGCGACGACGCCACAAUUUGGUGCCCAUCAACAGCGAGGUGGACAUUACUGAGUACCAUUGUCCAGUGGCCAACUGUAUUUACCAUGUCGAGCGAGCAAACAGCCGCAGUUUCAUGAACAUUCGGUUCCUGCGUCAACACUACCAGAAGACUCACAUGGUCAAGGAUUUCAAGUGCAAUGAAUGCAACGGAACAUUUCUGCUCGCACGUCAUCUGGAGAAGCAUCUGUGCUGCACAGUCUUCCCAUGCCACGUCUGCGGGCUCACCUAUUCCAGCAAGGCGAGCCUUGCCACUCACAUGCGACGCAAGAAUCAUCUGGAACACAAUGAGGUGCCAUCAACGAAAGUUGCGAUUCCCUCUUUAGAGUCAUGGAGAAACCAUCAGAAUUCUACAAAAAAUUAUGCUAGAAACAAAGCGGAGCCAGUUGGUGAUUUAGAUGGUCCCAGCGAGAAACAGAUAGCCCUAGUGCAUUCGCCAUACGGCAAGGAGCAAAAGACUGCGUCAAAUUCAACAAUUGAUGCCACAAUCAAAUCGGAGCCAGUAAGCCAUUUAGAUACACCCAUUCGGAAACAGAAACCAGUUGCUGUUGUAGAUGACCCUAUUGAGGAACAGAUAGCCCCAGUGGAUUCGCCUAUACAACCAUCAUUCUAUUGCCUGCCAGAUAUUGAAGUUCCCUUUGUGUUGCAGACUGCGACACAAACGGACGAUAGCAUCGACAUGGAUGAUGCCGUACAACAAGCACUGAACGUUGCCCUGGCGGAGCGUGCGAGGCAGGAGAGCGAACUUGCCUUGUCCAACUUCACUGUCGAGGAAGUGGAGAGACUGUUACGCGACAUGGAAACUCAAACGGAUGACGUUGAUUUCAAUGAAAUUGUGAUGAACAAUGCGGACGAGCUGGCUCCACUGCUGCGUGACACACAGACCCAAACGCUUGACAAUCGGCUCGACCAGGGCACAAUGACGGAUCUCGAUCUGGAGACGGACAGCGUCGUCUAUGGGGCAUAUCAAGCGGCAGAGCCAAUGUUUGGCCCACAGACCUCGGCACACAUGCACACCCAGACUUGCGACGAGCUGUUCGAGGAGCUUGGCCUAUCCCACAUCCAGACACAGACGCACUGGCCCGACGAAGACGACGAUGGACUUUACAAUACGCAGCAUACGCAGACCUGCGACGAGAUGCUCGACGAGUUGCUGGAAAACUUUCAGUCGACUUGUACGCAAACUGGCGGUUGGAUUAAGUGGCAGGAGACCGAAGGAGCUGCCAACUGAUAACUGUAUAUAUUAUUUGAAUCUGAAUAGACUUUUACCGAUUUAUGGAGGCUUCCGAACUUAUUUAAUAUAUAAAUACAACUGUUGCCAUCUA